GGAAAAUAGGACAGAACCCAUCACUAAAGACCUGGAUUUCCAACUUCAGGACCCAUUUCUUCUAUAUAGGAAUGCCAGAUUGUCCAUUUAUGGAAUCUGGUUUUACGAUAAGGAAGAAUGCCAAAGAAUCGCAGAACUCAUGAAAACUGUAAAACCUGUUCUGAGCCAAAGCAGAUAGCCAGUUCAUCUGCCAUCUAUGACAACCCCAAUCUGAUAAAGCCAAUUCCAGUGAAGCCUAGUGAAGGCCAACACCAGCGUAUCCCUCAACAAGGCCAGAACUUAGAUCCUGAACCACAGCACUUAUCCUUGACUGCACUCUUUGGAAAACCAGAUAAAGCUACCUAUCAGGAAAUUACAGAGCAUAAAUCACAACUGCUGCCAACAACACCACCACAGCAGCACCAAGAGAAACCUCCCAUUAGGCAAGGGGUAGUACGUUCCCUGUCCUAUGAAGAACCCAAAAGAAAUUCACCAACCCCAGAGAAGCAGCUUUGUCCAGCUAUUCAGAAACUCAUGGUCCGGGGCACAGAUCUCCAUCCAGUGUCAGAACUGCCAGAAACCCGAUUCUGUGAAAACGGCAGUGUUCACCCUGUUGGAGAGAUUUUCACUGGUCUUUUCCAGCCAGUGACCCCACACAGCAUUGGAACAUCUCACAGAAUACAAAGUGCAUCUGGAGCUCAGAGCCUUUUAGAGAAACUUCAGGGUACCCCUGCGUCAGUAAGCAAGUUAGACUCUAAUACAACAGUGCCUGCUAGUUCAACUGCACCAAUUUUCAGCAGGACUUCUACUCCUGCUGCCCCUACAACACAGAUAAAGGGUAUGGACCAGCCACAGCUGGUAUAUUUUAAUGGCUCCCUUCCACCUCAGACUUUGGAGCCUCAGUCUCUUAGAAAAGAAGAGCCUAAAGUUUCAAGGCAAACCAUCCCCAUCCCUAGCAACCAAACAAGCAAUUCUGGAGUGAUCUCUCCUCAAGAGUUGCUGAAAAAGCUCCAGAUUGUACAACAAGAACAGCAGUUGCAUGCAUCUAGCAGACCUGCCUUAGCCGCUAAGUUUCCCGUAGUAACCCAAAAUCCUAGGCCUCUGAAACCUUUGGAAUCCUGGAUCGACAAGACAUCUAAUGCAGAAAAACAGACCCCUCUUUUUCAGGUCAUCUCACCUCAACGCAUUCCUGCUACUGUGGCUCCUUCCCUGCUGAUGUCCCCUAUGGUGUUCACUCAGCCCACACCUUCCUCACCCAAGGUUACUGAAAGUGGAUUGUUGCCGCUAGGAAGCAAAGAACCCAGUGCUGCUGCUCCCAGCCUUCUCCUGCCUAUCCCAAACCCAGAGGCCUCUGUGAUUAACAACAACUUACUGACCAAACUACAGCUUCAAGAGACACUUCUCCACCUCAUCCAGAAUGACGACAAUUUCUUAAAUAUAAUCUAUGAAGCUUAUCUCUUCAGUGUCACACAAGCAGCCAUGAAAAAGACUACUAUGUGAAAAGAAAACUUUUUUAACCGAUGAUUUCCAAAGGAUUUUUGGAUUUCCAACAAAACAAGGUUCACCUAAUGUCGAGUAUUAUUACAUUAAAAUGUUUCUGCAUUUUUAAAAAUGUGUAUACUAUUAUGAAAUAAAACGUCCUGGACUUU